AUGACGAAUAUUAUCUUAAUUAUUAAUAAUCAAUGUGGUUUACAAACUCUACUUGAUUAUAUUCUAUAUUUAUGUAUUCAACUAAAUGAAGUUAACCAUAUAGUUUUAAAAUCAAAUAGUAUUUAUACUGAUUCCAAUAAACAAUUAAAUUCAACAUUUAAAACACAAUUGCUUAAUACAGAUGAAAGUAUAUCACAUACAUUUACAACAGAUUGUUUUCCAUUAAAAAAAAUUGAACUUCAUAAAAGUCGUCAUGUUAUGAAAUUAAAUUUACUUGAUUAUUUUUAUUCAAUAUUUUUUGGAAAAAAAUCUAUCGUUUCGUUUUGA